GAUACAGCUUCUCCUUCCACCAAAAAAAAAAAAACUGGCUAGCGUUGCAUGUCUAGUCAUGGCCAGUACUCUGUCUCCUGAUCGAUUAUGGUCCCUUAUCUUUUGUUGUCUGGCCAUGACAGCCUUCAUCUGCCAUGCAAGCUCGUCUACUACUCUUGAUCACCUAAACAACGUUACGGACCAGAAGGCAUUGCUUUCCUUCAAAUACUUCACCCUGGAUACCAUCAACGCGUUGGCAGAUUGGAAUACCAAUACCUCUUUCUGCAACUGGAAUGGAGUUGUAUGCAGUCGCCGCAGACAGAGGGUCGUCGCUCUAAACCUCACCGGCAUGUCACUGGUGGGCACUUUUUCUCCAUACCUCGCCAAUCUGUCCUUCAUCCGUGCCCUUGAUCUCAGCUCCAACUCUUUCCAUGGCAAUCUUCCUGCCGAGGUUGGUCGGCUUCCUCGCUUAGAACGCCUAAACUUGACUGAGAAUCAUUUGCGUGGGGCCGUUCCACAGAGCUUGUGCUACUGCCGUCGUCUUCGACAGAUGGAUUUAUCAGACAACCAAUUGGAGGGCAACAUCAACACGUGCUUAGGGAGCUUGCCGGAUCUUGAGUACCUCGCCCUUGAUUUCAAUGACUUUACCGGCACCAUUCCACCUGCUUUGGCCAGCCUUUCAAAGCUCAAGGUACUCAAUCUCGCUGGAAACAAACUAAAUGGAAGCAUUGUUGAAGAAUUGGGGAGUUUAACCAACUUGAUUCAGCUAAACUUGGGUAGGAACAGACUUGCAGGUACAGUGCCUCCAGGCCUAUUUAAUAUUUCUUCUCUUCGAGAGUUGAACCUGCAAUUCAAUUACCUGACAGGAAAUUUACCGCAAGAUGUCGGCCUUAUGCUUCCCAAUCUCGAGAGAAUAGCCCUAGACAACAACACCUUUAGUGGGUCUAUACCACAGAGCUUGGCCAUUUGCAAAAACCUCCAAGAACUUUCUUUGGGAAUGAAUCAAUUUUCCGGGGAUAUUCCGUCAUGGUUGUGCAAUAUGCCUGACCUCAUGAUCAUAACUCUCAGUAUUAAUAACUUUGUCGGCUCAGUCCCUCCUUGUCUAGCAAAUCUUUCGAAACUCGAGGUUCUAGAGCUGUCCCGGAACAACUUGCACGGGAACAUACCAGACGAAUUAGGGAGCUUAUUACACUUGCGUUGGUUGAAUUUCGCAAUCAACAACCUCACAGGCAAGGUUCCCAAUUCCAUAUUUAACAUCUCUACUCUCCAAACCUUGAGCCUGUCUCGCAAUAACCUUACAGGGCAACUUCCGCCGAAUUUUGGGUUCUCACUUCCUAAUCUUGAGAAGCUCUUGAUGUCCGAAUGCGGGCUUCAUGGGCAGAUACCAACAUCUCUCGCCAAUGCUACCAAGCUAGAAAUUGUUGUUCUGGCCAACAACAUGCUGAGUGGUUGGAUACCUUCAGAGUUAGGCAGGUUGAUGCACCUCAAAACUCUCUUUCUUGAAGGCAAUAUAUUAACCAACAUGCCUAAUGCCUCUGAACUUUCUGUUAUUACUGCCUUGACCAAUUGUAGACUUUUGGAAAAAGUUGCUAUCUCAGAAAACUUUCUUAACGGUGUUCUUCCUGCAUCACUUGGCAACUUUUCAAGCAACCUCCAGGUUAUUGACAUGGCCAUAAACCAGAUUGGGGGUGCCAUUCCUUCAGAGGUUACUAACCUGACCUACCUGAAUCGCUUGGAUUUAGGUUCCAAUAGAAUAAGUGGAAUGAUCCCAUCAGGAAUUGGGAAGUUGCAGAACCUACAGGGUCUUUAUAUUGGCAGGAAUAUGUUAGAAGGGCCCAUACCACCUCAACUUUAUCAAAUCAUUGGCCUCGUUGAACUUGAUCUGAGUGAUAAUAUGUUAUCUGGGUCAAUCUCAAGCUCAAUAGCAAAUCUUAGCAAUCUGCGACGAUUGGCCUUCUACUCAAACCAUCUGUCCUCGGUAAUUCCACUCACCUUUUGGGAGUUAAAGGAUUUGGAAGUAGUCAUACUGGGGGAGAACUCUUUAACUGGGUCCCUCCCAUUGGAGAUUGGAAAUUUAGCUGUAGCAUAUGCGAUGGACUUAUCAAGGAACAAGUUAUCAGGCGACCUGCCUGCAUCUUUGUCGAAACUCCAAAUGCUUCAAUAUCUAAACCUCUCCAAGAACUCAUUUUCUGGUCAUAUCCCUCAAAAACUUGAUGCAAUGGUAGACUUGGAAUCACUUGACCUUUCUUAUAACUCUUUAUCUGGUGGAAUUCCGGAGACACUGGGGCUAUUAAGAAGUAUCAAGAGCUUGAACCUUUCUUUCAAUCAAUUGAGAGGAGAAAUUCCAAGUAAUGGGAUUUUUGCAAACCUUACUGCCGAUUCUUUUGCUGGAAAUUAUGGACUUUGUGGGGCUCCCAGGUUUGAGGUCCCAACGUGUCCCAAAGAGAGCAAGCAACACAAGAAAUCUAAUCUAACUACAAUUGUUAUUGCAAGCACACUUGGAAGCUUUGAAUUCCUCUUCAUUGUGGUAUUGCUCAUUAAAUUCAUUCGAGCAAGGGUAGUUGUACCAAAGCAUGAAUCAGUCGAGUCGUUGGUCAGAAGCAAACACCCAUUUAUCUCGUACAGAGUGCUAGUGCGAGCAACAAACAACUUUGACAAUUCAAACUUGAUCGGGAAAGGAAGUUUUGGCAGUGUUUACAAAGGAAUCCUUUCUGAUGGGACAGCUGUUGCAGUGAAAGUGUUGAACUUGUUCUUUGAGGGGGCAUUGAACAGCUUCAACAUAGAAUGUGACGUGAUGAGCAAAGUUAGACAUCGAAACCUUUUGAAAGUUAUCUCCUCUUGCACCAAUGAAGAGUUCAAAGCUUUGGUUCUUCAAUACAUGCCACGAGGGAGUUUAGAAAAUUGCUUAUAUGCGAGCUCAGAGAGCUUGAACCUUCUCCAAAGAUUGGACAUCAUGAUUAAUGUAGCGUGUGCUAUGGAAUACCUUCACCAUGAUCUUUAUGAGCCUGUAAUACAUUGUGACUUGAAGCCAAGCAACGUGCUUUUAGAUGAUGAUAUGACAGCAUAUGUUGCCGAUCUUGGUAUUGCAAAAAUGCUGCUUGGAUGCAAGUCAUCCACUCUUACUGAAACUCUGGGAACGACAGGAUAUAUUGCUCCAGAGUUCGGGCUGGCUGGAAGAGUAACAACUAAAGUUGAUGUCUAUAGCUUUGGGGUUCUUCUUCUGGAGAUUUUCACAAGAAGGAAGCCUACAGAUGUAAUGUUUACUGGGGAUGCUAGCUUAAGGCAGUGGGUAGCUGAAGCACUUCCUCAUGCAAUUCUAGAGGUUGUUGAUGGAUGCCUUCUGAAUCAAAUCGGUAGCAGCAGCAGCAACAAUGGGCAGCAGGAGCCUGCAGGGUCGACGACUAGAGAUGAGCUUCUCGUGUCCAUCAUGCAAGUUGGGUUGUCAUGUUCGAGGGAGUCUCCAACAGAAAGAAUUGACAUGAGAGAAGUUGUAGCUCAACUGAAGAAGAUUCGAGCGGCUCUAUGCGUCUUAGAAAUGGCUAACUGAUGAAGAAGCAUAUUAUUUUGAGAGUAUCUUGGUGGUGUUUUCAGUGAUGCGAAUUCCUCUGUUUGUCCUCUUUCCAGUCUGCUCUGUUCCUGCCAUGCACUCUUUGCGCUUGGUGUUGAGCUGAAGCUGCCUCAGUAUUAUUCUAGGUAUUCUAUAUGCUUGGUGUUGAGCUGAUGCUGCCCCAAUAUUCUGUCUGGCUUUGCCUUUCCCUGUACUUGUGGUUCAGCUCAGUUUCUUGUAUUUGCCUCA